AUGAAGAUCUUAAGUGCUGCUGCCCCGGCUAGCUACGGUACAAAUGGCGCCGAUCCUCCUGUCUUGCCUGUCGCCGCGUCUCAGCUUCAGAUUAUCUUCGAGUGGGUUGGCCUCCUUCCACUGGCAAUCUACCUCUCCGGCAAUGGCUUGUCUCAUUGGUUGGUAGGCCAGACGUCGCUUGCAGGAUUCAUUGGUGUAAGCCUCUUCCCCCGUCUGGGAAUUCUGGAAAGUCUUGCUACUUUCUUGCGCGAAGGUGCCGACUUUGUCGAUCGCGCUUCGUCCGUCAGCGAGCUGCGUCACACUGUCUGGGACGCCAACUGGGGCAGUGUCUUCCCAUGCGCAAAUGGAGCCGCAAGCGAUAUACUUACGAGAUAUGUCAUUCCCAAAGCUCAUGAUAUUGAGAUCCCAACUGACUUGGCCGCCCUGAUUGCUGCUAAUGAACGUGUUCGCAAUCCAGAAGAAGGAAAAGACAAUGCCGUUACUGCAGAGACAAGCAACAAUUCCAAGGGCCAGACAAAUGAGAAUGUUGGAGGCCCUCAUUUCAGCCGCUAUCAAACGUUGUAUAUUCUGGACUGCACGAUCGAUGCUGGCAAAAGAAAGACUAAUAGCGCCUUCGUUACGUGGUUAUUCUUUCUCAUCGAGGUUCUAUUCAUCCUUUCUUUACUUGGCGCUUGUGUCUCAACUAUCCUGCUCGGUCUAUACGGGACUGCUGCAGCCAUUCUCAUCAGCAUCGCCUUCCGUGUGACACGGCAUAGCAUCAAAGUCAUUAGGCCCCCGAGAUACCUGGAAAGCAAUGAAGCUAACCAGGCUGACGCCUACAUGCUCACAGCGAUACAUGAGAACGCAUCAACCUGGUAUCUCUACAGAGGAUCCCGGGCAGUCGUUGAUGGGCUUGUCAACAAACCUAUGAUCUUGGACAUCACAGCACGCCCUAAAACAGCGAUGGCACUCGCAUUGCGCGGGCUAGCUCUAUUACAACUUCUAACCAUGACAUAUGUCGCGGCACAGAAAGGUUGGGAUGGGGUGGGCUUGCUGGUUCUCAUCGCUGUAGCGUGGACGCUUGACUACGCACUUUAUAGAGACGACAAAUUGGCGGCAACUUGGCUUCGGCGGGAGGGUCUUCUCAAGUCUAACACAAUUUCGAGUUGGAUGGACCAGAUGCUGGCCCCUUCAGAACGCCGUGAGGCUUGGUUGAAGAUGUUACAGUCGGACUGCCCUGAUUUCGAAACUCUAGAGUCAAAGCAUACACUAACCGGAGAAAACGACCAGAGUUGGGUGCGGAACAAUUGGUUGCUUACACGCGCUGCAGUGAAAGCUAUUAGGGUCGCCACAGGUGAGGGCACUGCAUGA